GCUUCAGGGUCACUCACCGCCCAGAGAAGCUUCCCCCGAUAGGUAAGAUGUAACCCCGCCAGGUGCCAAUUGCAGCCAUGAGCGGCGGCGCGCACUGACCACUGGCAACUGCUACAGUGGAGGAUGGACGUCUGUAGAAACACCACAGCAGCUUUGCUUCGCUGACCACACUGCCUGGAAGCUCCUGCCCAGCACACCCCCACUUCGCCAGGCUGAACCCCCCCAAAUUUUCUACGACGAUUUUCUCGGUGAAGCUUCCCCAAGGCUGAGGAUUCCGUACUACUCAGACACCUUUACUUCCCCCCACUCACCCAGUCACCGAUUCGACUUUCGAUACAGAGUGUCUGCAUAAUACACAUUCACCAUGUCGUCCUUCAGCCCGACACAAAUCUUCGAGGACGGUACCACGGAGGAGAAGGGAGAGAAUGCCCGUCUCUCCGCCUUCGUUGGCGCUAUCGCCGUCGGCGAUCUCGUCAAGAGCACCCUCGGUCCUAAGGGUAUGGACAAGAUUCUGCAGUCUGCAUCGACUGGCGAGAUCAUGGUCACGAACGACGGCGCUACCAUUCUGAAGUCUAUUGCCCUCGACAACGCUGCGGCCAAGGUGCUGGUAAACAUUUCCAAGGUCCAGGACGAUGAGGUCGGUGAUGGUACUACAUCCGUUGCUGUCCUUGCGGCGGAGCUUCUGCGCGAAGCUGAGAAGCUUGUCGACAAGAAGAUCCACCCUCAGACCAUCAUCGAGGGUUACCGGAUAGCAAGCCAGGCUGCCCUCAAGGCCCUGAAGGAGUCUGCCGUCGACCGCAGCAACACUCCCGAGGCAUUCAGAAAAGACCUGCAGGCCAUUGCCCGCACCACCCUCAGCUCCAAGGUUCUGGCCCAGGACCGCGACCACUUCUCCAAGCUCGCCUGCGAUGCCGUGCUGCGACUCAAGAACUCCUCCGACCUGAGCCAUAUCCAAAUCAUCAAGAAGGCCGGUGGCAAGUUGAGCGACUCGUACCUCGACGAGGGUUUCAUUCUCGACAAGAAGAUUGGUGUCAACCAGCCCAAGCGCCUCGAGAAGGCCAAGAUCCUGGUCGCCAACACCUCUAUGGAUACAGACAAGAUCAAGAUCUUUGGCGCCCGCGUCAAGGUGUCAACAACGAGCAAGUUGGCCGACCUCGAGAAGGCCGAGAAGGAGAAGAUGAAGGCAAAGGUGGAGAAGAUCAAGUCGCACGGCAUCAACUGCUUCAUCAACAGACAACUCAUCUACAACUGGCCCGAGCAGCUCUUCACAGAUGCCGGCAUUAUGUCCAUCGAGCACGCCGACUUUGACGGUAUUGAGAGAUUGGCGUUGGUGACGGGCGGUGAGAUUGCCUCGACUUUUGACCACCCCGACCAGGUCAAGCUGGGACAGUGCGAUCUUAUCGAGGAGGUCAUCAUUGGCGAGGAUACCUUGAUCAAGUUCUCUGGUGUUGCUGCCGGCGAGGCAUGCACUAUUGUGCUGCGCGGUGCCACAGAUCAGCUUCUGGACGAGGCGGAGCGCAGUCUGCACGACGCCCUCGCCGUUCUGUCACAGACGGUGAAGGAGCCGUGGACCACUCUUGGUGGUGGAUGUGCUGAGAUGGUCAUGGCUAAGGCUGUCGAGGGUGCUGCCACUCGCGUUGAGGGCAAGAAGCAGAUGGCCGUCAGCAGCUUUGCGACUGCGCUGCGCCAGCUGCCCACCAUUCUGGCCGACAACGCAGGUCUCGACUCUGGCGAGCUUGUGGCCCGUCUGAGAAAGGCGAUUUACGACGGCAUGACGAAUUAUGGAUUGGACCUGCUGUCACCCGGCGGAGGCAUCACCGACAUGCGUGACUUGGGUGUCGUUGAGAGUUACAAGCUGAAGAGAGCGGUCGUUUCAUCUGCCAGUGAAGCAGCAGAGCUUCUUCUUCGCGUAGACGACAUCAUUCGCGCUGCUCCCAGACAACGGCAGCGCGCUUAAACGACACACGCCGAUGAUGGCAGCACACGAGGAUUUCUCGGCAGGAAUGGGAGGUCAAGAGAGAGCAAAAAGAGUCAUAUUCGCAUGUUAAGGCUGGGUGAAAGACAAAAAGUGAAAACCAUA